UGCAUGACACCCGUACUGUCGAUCGAUAGAGACAGUAUCUGCUCUAUACGGUGUUGCAGACAGGCGAAGCUUAAAAUACUGCACACUUUCUUUGAAUCAGGAGUUGGCUCAGCUUAUUAGAAAUCAUGGAAUUGAAGCAAGUCGGGAAAAGUAAAGAUGAUGUUCGUCCCUUGAUUAACUACCCACGGCGGAAGAAAAGAGGUGUCGCAGAUAGUCAAUGUAUUGCAGUAAAAACCAUAACAGUAAAUGUUAGCAGACGAGCUCAAGAUGACAAGAAAUUGGAAUGGAAGGAUUUCACUUGUGAAGUUGUACAUGAUACAAAAAACAGCCCUUGCCCUUUGUAUCGUGAGUAUGAUCCUGCCAACUUUCUGGUUGUUCACUUCGGCCCUUCAACGCGGUUUGAUGCCGUGUCGAAGUUCCUUACACACGGCGUCAUUCUUAGAUGUAAAGAGGAUUUUACUGAAGAGAGAUUUACAUUCUUUGGCCACAGUGCCAGUCAGCUCCGAGAAAGAACUUGUGUUCUUUACAACGAGAAGCAAGGUAGUGUGACGGAGAUCUUGAGCCGUUUUGGGAACUUUGAGAAAAUUCAAGAUGUUGCCAAAAGAGCUGCUAGAGUCGGGUUGCUGUUCUCGACUGCAAAGCCUGCGUGCAGUAUUCCCGAAGAUCAAAUAGGCGUUGUGGAUGACGUAGAACGAGACAAGUACAAUUUUACCGACGGAUGUGGUUUUAUAUCAACUAAAUGCGCAUUGAAAGUGACUGAGAGUUUGAACCUGGAAACUUUGUAUGAAGGCAUCAAGUCACCAGCGAUACCGUCAGUAUUUCAGAUCCGCCUGAAGGGAUGCAAAGGAGUACUAUGCCACAAUGAUUGCUUGGAAGAGGGAAUCCAAAUCCGCCCUUCAAUGGAGAAAUUUGCGUGGAAACUUUCUGGACCCCAUCUCCUUGGCAUUGUCGACCGGGGCUUCUCAAGGCCGAAUGAAAUUGGCUCGUUGAACAAACAGUAUAUCAUGCUUUUAUCAGCGCUUGGUAUUUCCGAUGAGGUCUUCUUGAAAAAGCAAGAAGAGUACUUCAAGGAACUUAAAGAGAUUACCACAGCCCAUGAAGUUGCUUUUAAGUUCUUGUGCGCAAAUGAAGAGUUUGAACUGGCAGAGAAUUUGUUAAAAACAGGAAAAAUAGACACGAAAACUAAGAAACAACUUAUAAAAUUGCGUAACCGGGUCAGGGAACCUCAACCAUCUAAACCGAAUCCAUUGCACAAAACUAAAAAGUCUGCUGCAUUGAAGCUGAAAAUUCCCAUUGAGAAAUCAAGGAAUGUUUACGGCAUUUGCGAUCCAUCAGGGCAGUUGAGAGCCACAACGGUCUUCUUUCAGCCAACGAUACGAGGAAGCCCCAAGAUCUUGACAGAAACACGCGUGGUGGUGGUUAAAAAUCCUUGCUAUCAUCCAGGCGAUAUCCGGAUUUUGCGAUGCACCGACAUUCCUGAAUGCCGUCAUCUAGUAGACUGCAUUGUUUUUCCAACACAAGGAAGUCGUCCACACCCCGAUGAGAUUGCUGGAAGUGAUCUUGAUGGGGACAAAUUCUUCGUUUGCUGGGAUGAAGAACUCGUUCCGAAAAAAGGAACAGAGCCAAGCCAAUAUCCUGCAGCUAAUUCUGCUAAAAGAACAAAUCUCACGCAAGAUGAUUUUCUGAAGUAUUUUGCCAAAUACAGCAACGCUGUUGUUGGCAAGCUGGACAAUUUGUUUGACAAAUGGGCGGAUAGUAAAGGAAUCAACUCUACAGAAUGUAAGAUUGUCGCAGCCUUGUUCUCUCGUGCCAUUGACGCUGCUAAAACUGGCGAGAGAGUUGAAAUCAAGGAACAUAUUUUGCAAGCUCCGACAAAGGAUGGAAAAAAUGAAGAAUUCGUCUGGCAAAAAUUGUACCAAAGGGCAAAAUUAUUCGAAAGAGACCAGAUGAUAGAAGAUGUAGCGACUGGAAAGGUGGAGGAUUUUGAGGAGGAAGACAUGCUUGCUUUGUUAUCCAACCAAGAGUCACGGCUUAGUGAGUACAGAUUGUUUCGGUAUCUAUACAAGUGGUGCCAGCAACCCAACAAAGAAAGAUGCAUUGAAGAGUACAUUCACCUAAUUGACUUCUCCCGGUUUAGUCGGGAACAGUGCAGAUGUCUACCAGCAGACAUUCCAAUGGCGGAUCUAGAGUCCCUUCUCAAUCCCCUUCACCAAUCUCGAAUUCUUUCUAGAGACGACAUCGGAACUAUCAAAGUUAGACGUGGCCACGAGAAGCGCUGGCGUCUUCUGUACAGAACAGAGGGUGAAGAAUUGUCUUGGAAGGUACUUCACAAUAUCCUGAUCUCGUUCCUUGAAAAACUGCUCGUAUUCAAAUUUUUGCUUGGAGAUAUACAGUGGGUCAUUUCUUUGGCGAUGUCAGUUCCACUAAACCUUUGUGAAGUGCUGACUCUAGAUGAGGAGGAAAACGUCGCUCAGGCCUUUUGUUCAGUACAUGUUCAGUCAUCAGAGAGACAUUUUCUGCAGCUAAAUGCCGGCUACAGUUUUGCUUUGGAUGGUCGACGACUAGACAUCUACACAGGAAAAAAACAGAACACGUUUAUCUGUUUAAAGGAAGAUGAAAACGAUCGUGCACCCAUCAUGAGUGUGGCUCUUGAUCGUUUUAAGUCGAGUUUGCCGCGAGAUUUUCAAACUCGACUUCGAAGAGAGAAGUUGCUUGAGUUGGAGGCUUUCUGUGUUUAUGAUCAUUUCGAUCCUGGUCACAAGAUUCAGAAACUUUCCUCAAAACUAUCCGUUGGAAAUGCGGACUCACUAGAGGGUGAAUCAAACAUCCAAACACCUUCUGGAAGUAACGAAAAGCAAGAAGAAUUCGUCUACCACAGGAGUAAUUUUCCAGACCUUCAGUGUGACCCUGAAGAGUCGGUUAGUGAUUUGGACAGAAAUAUCAUAAGAGUUCAAGACCUGUUGGAAAGGGGAUGUUUACAAACUAGUCAUUUGGAAGAAAUGUGCGAAAGAAUGACUUCUUCAUCUGACGAAAAGGAGAAGCAUCACAUAGCUUGCCAUUUGGAGUCCGUUCUUUGGCGGUCCUCUCCAGAUAUUUCAUUAAGGACACCCGACCAUUACAAAAAUCUCCUAAUCUGUUUGCUUAGCGGGCUACAGGAACUCAAUCUUGACGUUGUCCUCGGCGAGAAUGUUCACAUCACGCUUCUCGCACGAUUUAAGCGAUGUCUCGAGUCUUUAUGGAAGAGACAGGUCAUUUUCAGUGUCGAUCAAAUGUAUAAGGUAUUCGAUGCUGUGCUUCUUGGAAAUGACCAUUCCACCGGAUGCCGCGUUGUUCAAGUCAUCUGCAAAGGUCAUCUGCCCUUGGAAGGCUUCACUUGCCACCCGAAUGCCUUACCGUACUUUCUGCACUGGAUUUUCCUGGUAACUUUAGAGUCACUGGAGGAGGUGCAGCAAGCAGUUAUAGCAUCUCAAGGAGUCUUCUCACGUUACCGUAUCACGGCUGAAGCUACUCCAUGUAAUGAACAAGAACUAAAAUUUACAAUGGUAAUUACAAGAGGUACUCAAUCAUUCCGUGUGCGAGAUGGCGUGGCCCUCAGUCGAUCAGAUAUUUCAAAACGUGAAUACAUCGGUGAAGUGACAGAAAUCUGUGGAACAAUACUAACAGUUGACAUAGUGUGGCCAACAAGUUCAGAUGACUCUUCAAGGGAAAACAUUCUUAAAGGAAGGUGGUAUCUUUACAAAUUUCCUAGUCUUGUUGGAUACAGACGCACUUCAGCAGCACUGAAAGCUCUUCAAGGCGCAAAGAAAUAUGGGCAGAACGUUUUUGAAGGAAUUGUCGGCAGUUUCUGUGUUGACGACCUAUCAAGUCAAGAUUCAAGGAAGCAAGUAGAUGAAAACUCUACAACGGAGAUUGGUAUGUUUUCCAGUAUCGGUUUCGUCAAAUUAUAUCUUCCUGUUUCUUUCAAGAAUGGAGAAACCAGCACUUUUUCAUCAGCUUGUUCCUUCUCAAAGUGGUCUGGUAACAAAAGUCAAAAUGCAGCUGUUCAGGAUGCCACUUGCACUGACGCCUUCAUAACCCUUAUACAGGGGCCUCCGGGCUCUGGGAAGACCAUCACGAGCGCAGAGAUUGUGAAACGCUGGCUUCUUAGCAGCCAUGACAAAGUUCUUCUUGUAGCUGAGACAAACGAGGGUGUCGACAACCUCUUAAAGAAGCUUUUGGAUCAUGGCUUACAAAAUGAGGAGAUUGUUCGCUUUGGAAGCUCAGGGUGGAAAGUGUCCAAGGACAUAAAUCAUUUGACCUUUGAGUUUAAAUACUUGCAAAUAAAGUCUGGAAAGAAAGACCCCAAUGGCCGAAUCGACAAAAAAAUGGCAAGGAAGAUUCUGGAAAGUUGCAAAAUUGUUUGCACUACUCUUAUAAGUGCAGGGUCGUCCUUACUUGAUGAGUUCGUGUUCAAGCGAGUUUUGGUCGAUGAGGCCUCACAGGCUACCGAACCAGCAAUCCUUGUUCCUCUUUCACAUGGCUGCGAGAAGCUUGUAUUAGUGGGAGAUGAUCAGCAGCUUCCUCCCAUGGUGCUAAGCAAGUUUGCUAAAGGUCCAGACCUGCUGACAUGUUCCAUGUUCUCACGGCUUCGCCAAGUGGGAGUUCCUGUACGCAUGCUCAGUAUUCAAUACAGAAUGCACCCAUCCAUAGCGCGGUUUCCAUCAUGUCAAUUUUAUGAUGAUAAGCUCGAGGAUGGUGUGACUGAGUCGGAGAGGAAAGCCCCUGUCGGAUUCAUAUGGCCAAACGAGAAGAUGCCUGUAGCACUCCUUAACACGCCACAUUCGGCAAUGGAAAAGAGCAAGGGGUCGUCCAAGUCCAACGAUUUUGAGGCCGGAUUAGUGUGUGGAGUGGUCAGUGAUCUUCUCGGGGCAGGAGACGUGACUAGUGACGGGAUAGGUGUAAUUACACCCUACCAAGCGCAGCUUAAGUUGAUCUUGGAUAAGAUGAAACAAAAAAAUCUUGGAAAUGUCUCAGUCAGAACAGUGGAUGGAUUCCAGGGACAAGAACGUGACGUUAUCGUGUUCUCCGCCGUACGUUGCAACGAGCACGGGUUCAUCGGUUUUUUGAAUGACGAUAAACGAAUGAACGUACUUUUGACUCGAGCCCGUAGAGGAAUGAUAGUGAUUGGAAACAAGAAGACCCUUGAACAUUGUGAAUUAUGGAAAGCGUGGAUCAACUGGGUUGACGAGAAUAAACUAGCUCGUGACUGUCCCCAAGAAAACGUGACAGAGUCACCAAGUCCUACCAAAAGUUCAUCAGUGAGAAGAGGAAGAGGAGGCCGCGGUGCUUCACGGCGAGGGCUGGGGAGAGGGAGACGGAGCGGGGCUAAAGAAACAUCUAGUGCCAGUUCUCGCUCAGAAAAAUCUUAAAUUAGGAAAAUCUGCAAGGCUAUAGUUUGGAGGACAAAGCAUAACAAACCACAGAAAUAAAAAGGACAGUCCAGUUUUGAAAUUUAACAUCACUUAACUUCAAUGUUUAUGCAAGAAUACUUUUGGGCAGUUUUUUAAACCUCAAAAUAGUAAAAUUCUUCAACAGUUACAGUAUGUAAAUACUUGUAGCUUAGUACACUUAAUUAAAUUACCUUAAUAAUAUUACUGACCUCUAUGCUUACCAUAUGUCAAGUGGCACUAGUUAAAAUAUCUUAGAGGAUUGUGUGAUAUGUGGAUUAUUGUAAUUUCUGAAUGCCCUUAGUAAACUGGGUCUGUAAUUGACAUUUAGUAUAUACUAAAUCAGUGGAUGGCAUUGAAGGCACACUCUUGAUUGGGUACUCAAACUAAAAAUAUCCUUUGUCAUUAACCUUCAAGUGACUAACAUGGGAUUUGCAGCAGAAAAUAUUGUAAUCUUGCAGGAACAAAAAUAAUUUUUAAGUGCAAUAUUAUCUCACUGAUCUAGUAUAUUCUAAGAUAAUUGUUCACCUCUAUGGCUGUGGCUUGCAGUGGAUAUUAACCUCGCGGCAACCUAGCUCCACUUUGGUGAAUAGUUGUUAAUUAUUAUCUUGAUGAUAAUUGAAGACACACGUGAAAGAGUCUGAUCCAAAAUUGAGAAACUUUGUAAUCAUGGAAAUUUGAUGUAGCCUAGAUAAAAAUUUUUAAGUACCAGACAGUGACUGAAAGUUGCAAUGGUAAAUGGACUUUUAAAAUGAUAAUUAUCUUUAGUUACGGCAAUAUAAAACUCCAUAACUCUGGUACAGUUUCUGUAACCAUUUAGAUAACGCAGAGAAAAUUUGAACCAGAAAUAGUUUAAAUUGUUUGCAUGUUCAUAAUGUUUAAACGAUUAGUUAUAUGACCAGUGAAACCCCUAUUUUGAUAAUAAUUGGUUAAAAUCUUCUCAGACUACUUACAAUAUUUUAAUAAGUAUCCUUUUCAGUGGUAAUGCAUUUUCUCAGUUGCAGAGCUGUAACCCUUUUGAUCAUCUACACAGAUCAAACAAGUUGUGAUCUAUGCCAGUUUCUAGUGACUGCAGCUUGGCAUUUGAAACAGGCCCAAUUAAAAUACUCAAUUUGAUUACA